AUGCUGAUAACAGAUACUACGCAUAGAGUGUCCAAGCCGGAGCUGGUAGUUUCUAAGCCCGGUGCAACCUCAGCAGAUAAAGCUCGAAAUGGAAAGAUUCUAGAGAAAUUGGAAGACGACGUCAUGGCUGUGAAUCAGCUUAGAGGCAAUAUAAAGCGUACUUUAUCUAGUUGCAGUUUAGAAGAUGAACUUGCCAAGGCAAAUGAAGGCGAUGAAAAAGAGAAGGACUGGUAUGAAGAAUCCGAGCAAUACAAGGAUAUCGAUCCCAAAUCAUUUCGACAGUAUGAAUUAGCGUGUGAUAGAGUGAAGCAGUUUUAUGAAGAACAACACGAGAAACAGACAGUAGCGUAUAAUAUCCAAGCUAGAAUUAAUUUUAAGACGAAGACAAGGGCACGAAUGUCAAUUUGGGAGGGUCUAGAAAGAUUGAACAAAUUACUUGACGACUCUGAUCCAGACACCGAGCUUUCUCAGAUAGAGCAUGCAUUACAAACAGCUGAAGCCAUACGAAAGGAUAAGAAACCAAGAUGGUUUCAAUUAGUGGGACUUAUUCAUGAUUUGGGAAAAUUACUUUAUUUCUUUGACUCCAAGGGACAAUGGGACGUUGUAGGAGAUACGUUCCCGGUGGGCUGUAAAUUUCUGAAGAAAAUCAUUUUUCCGGAGAGCUUUAAGACGAAUCCAGACUUUCUAAACCCCUUGUACAACACCAAAUACGGUAUUUACUCCAAAUACUGUGGAUUGGACAAGGUGAUGUUGAGCUGGGGCCAUGACGAGUACAUGUACCAUAUUGCAAAAGGAAGUUCAACGUUACCGCCAGAAGCUUUAGCAAUGAUCAGAUACCAUUCCUUUUAUCCAUGGCACCAGGAAUAUGCAUACAGUUAUUUGAUGAACGAACACGACAAAGAGAUGUUGAAGGCAGUGAAGACUUUCAAUACUUACGAUUUGUAUUCUAAAUCGGACCAACAUUACAAUGUAGAGGAACUUAAGCCCUACUACUUGGAGCUUAUAGACGAGUUCUUUCCAGACAAGAUCAUAGACUUUUGA